UUGUGGAGCACAGACGUUAUUUUCAACUUCUGUCCAGCUUCCUUGGGAAAACCCUGAGAGCAUAAGUUUUUAGAUAACGAUGCGGUUGCUGCUAUUUCUGAUAUUUUGUGAAUCUUUUCGGUCGAGUUUGGCCGAAAGCAAAUACAACGUUACCUACGCAGAUCUGGACAAAUGCAAACAGUACGAAACCAUCAGCGGAUACAACUAUCAGCACUUCUUCAAGCUGGAUGAUAUGCAGAAUCACGACAAGGACAACAACGACACGAUCGUCAAUCUGCGGCUGUUUGUGCUGGCGCCCAAAGAUGCCCACAUCCUGUUAUCGGAUAUCGACAAUACGUCAGCUGAGGCGCAAGUCUACGAGAUAGUUAUCGGCGCCGGGGCAAAUACUUUCAGCGAGAUAAGAAAGCAGCGCAAGAAGAAUCCGCUCAAGACGAAAACGACCAAGGGCAUCCUAUCGGCAAUUGAUCCGAUGCCGCUCAGGAUUCGCAUAACAAGUGAGGGACUGAUUGAGGUGACGAUCGAGGGACAGGAUCUGCCGCUGAUGUCCGCCACCGAUAAAAGCGUCAUCAUGGUGCGAUUCCUGAGCUUUAGCGCCUGGGGAUCUACUCAGGCCAAGUGGUUCUACGAUUGUCCGACCGAUGACGACACGAUUAAUCAAAUCGAAGACUACGACCCGACGGUCUCGAUGACUCCUCGCGAGAAGCUGAUCUACAACUUCCAGAUGAACGCCUCGUCCGAGGCACCGAACGUGCACACACCGAUUCGGAUGCAGAAACUGGUGAUCACCCGUAUUGCCUACAACGCCUGGAAGGAUUCCUUCGAAACGCGCAUGUUCCUGGAGCUGACCUGGACCGACAACCGGACAACCUGGGACCCACGAGAGCACGGAAACGUAACGAAAAUCAUCGGCUACCAGUACCUGUGGUGGUAUCCGACGAUCGUGGCCAAGGAUGAAUCCGAGACAACUACUUACGAUAUGAGCGGGAUGGACCAUAUGACAGUUUCGUACGAUGGGUUCUUCCAACUGGUGUCUCGGGAAAUAUCGGUAGAUACUUUCUGUCCUCUGAGAGAAUCUGCCGAUUGGCCUUACGAAACCAAUGAUUGUGAUUUGGUGAUGAGCACAGAUCUGUCUGUAACACCGUUAGAUUUCAAUAUGUCUUCUGUGAGCUUCCAUCCUAACGUUAUGCAAUCGGAUUGGCUGGUGCAAGAAAUCACGAGACAUGAUAACAUAAAUCAUGAAGAACUUUUCCUGCUGAACGACGGUAGUCCGAGGGAGGAAAUCAUCUUGAGAUUUCACCUUAAACGGAACAAUGAAUUCUACAGUACCGUACUUUAUGCUCCGUAUUUAAUGUCCAACGUGAUGAUUUUAGUUUCCUUCUGGUUGGAGGGAACCUUUCGAGUGUUCGCUACUUCCUUGGGGAUGAUUCUACUGAUUGCAGCUUUUCUCCAGAUUUCCGUGUUUGUCCCACCGACGAUGAAUCCGAGGAUUUAUACCUUUUUCCGGUGCACAUUGUACUUCUCCUGGGUCUGCAUAGUUCUGUUCAUCAUGGACAAGUGGCUUAAGGCAUACGGGCCCAAACUGGCGCCCGAUUCCUGGCUGGCUCGAAUCAUCAGUCAGCCUCACCUGCGAGUCGUCCUUCGAAUAGAUAGUUCGAAUUACGGAUCCUUGCAUGGAAAGAAUCUGGAUUGGAGUGAUUUCGCCAAGAUACUGGACCGAAUCGUGUUCCUAGCUAUGACAAUUGUGUUCCUUGUUUCUUGUUUCAAGAAGAUGUGAAAAGUUUAUUUCUAGAUUCAAGAUAAUAGGUCAAUAUAAUAUAAGUUUCCUUACCCGA